AUGAAACUAGUUAGAUAUUUUUACUCAACGUCUACUACAUGGCUGUUUGUUAUAUCUAUCAUAACACUGGCUGGAAUAAUUACGUUUAUUCAAAAAUCAGAUUUAAGCGACAUGCUUAACUGGAAUAGGAAAAGAAUACCUCAAAGAUGUUUCAUUUGUGAUAACUAUGCCAGUCUAGUCUCAGACUCUGGUCUACGUCCUAAUCCCAGCAGUGGACUGGCAUGGUUCGGUGGGAAACCAGUUGUCGGUGGUUGGACCAGUAUGUCAAGUAAUGGAAAUCAACUAAGAGGUGGAUUGACCGCCUUACAAAUUUCAAGGCUAUGCUCAGAAAAAGGGAAUCGUUCAGCUAUUAAAUCACUUAUUGAUUCAGAUAAUUAUGGAAAAUGUGAAAAUAUCAAUUAUGAUGGUUGUGCAAAGAUUGUUACUAAAAGUUGGCGAGUGAAACCACAAAUUGGUGUACCGAAAUUAGCUGCUGUCGUUGUCUCACGUACAUGUGCAGCAAUUCCAGAGGGUUAUGGUGUUGGGUGUUUUAAUUCAGUUGGUGGUGCAGGAUUGCAAAGAACUGUGUGCUAUUGUCGAGGUGAAUUUUGUAAUAG